AGUCUCAAUUUUUGCAUUCAAUGCCAAAAGAUAGAAUGCUUAAAACAUGAACUUGAAUGGUUUGGUAAUUACCAUCAUUAAUUUACUAGCCAUUUUAGAAGAUUGUAAGGAAGAUAUGAAAAAAUUCCAGUCCACAAAUUCUUAAAACAUCAACCCAAACAGAGAAUCUAUGGAAAUAUCAUCUUCAACAUAGCUGGGUACUUGAUCCCCAUCUGUUUUACGAUCACAUUAAUGGAGAUACUCUUGCUUGAAGACUCCACAAGAGUGUAUUUCAAAAGAAAUUUAAUGGUCAAGAGCCAAUGAGUGUUAAAAGUUCAGAGCUUGAUUUUCAUAUCUGCGUGCUGAAAUCGGGGAGAGAUGUAUGGUUGUUUAGCGGUGGAUUCGUGGAUGAGAGAGGCCCAAGAAGCAUUAACAGCGUUGGAAGAUUUAGAAACGAAAAUCAAGAACCAGAGUAUGGAGAUUGGUCGAUCCAAGCUUGUGGAAGUUGGAGUCAAGCUCGAUCGGCUCGAAGCCCUUUCUUCAUAACCCACCUUCAAAACCCAUCUUUGAAUUUGCAGAACUGAAGAAGAUUUGGGAUACCGAUGGAAAAUGCUCUCCGAUAUCCAGCUGAGAACAAGGGCAGUGGCUCUCAGCCUAUAUGCACUGCCAUCACAAAACAGGCCAGGAGGCUCAGCUGUUCCAAUCACCAAAGGAACCAAUAUAAAUUCCAACAGCCAUUAUGAAGAUCAAAUGAAAAGUUUAUUUUCGAAUGAUGACCCUGAGCUGCUCAAACCUCUUGUUCCAGAUGACCCAACCUCAAGCCAGGGCGCAAAGCAAUGUAGUAAUGGUAUCUGUAGGAGUUUUCUCUGGAGAGCCGGUCAGGCCAUCUGCAUAAUUCUUGGAGCAGUUGUUGUUCUGGUCAUCUUGGUUGUCCUCUGCUCAGUUAUAUAAUAUACUCUGUUCACUCAUCUGGCAUUUGAACAGAUAUGGAGGCCUUGCUACAGCAUCAAAUGUAUAGUUACAACUCUGCAUGCCAGUACCGGAAUGAAUGAUCUAUUACUCAAUCUCAGGCCUCUGAAAAUCUACAUAAAAAUACAUUACAGAUACCUUUAUGAAGGGGAUCGCUUGUUUUCUUCAUCUUCGACCAAAAGAGUUCAAAAAUUGGGUUGCUGGAGGGUCCCCUGGGCUGACUGUGGACAGGCUUCUUUCAAAGAAUGGCUUUAUAAGAGCUAAACCUCUUAGAUUUUGAAUCCGUUUUUUUCUUUAAAUUAAUUUCUAGCUUUGCUGCUCCUUUUGCUGUUUUCCCAGCUAACAUCUCUCUGCUUUCGACUACAUGGGAAUGACCUCUGAAAGAAGGCACUUCUAGUAGUAGUAUUUUUUCGAAGAAGCUAAAGUGUUUGGUGGUGGGUACAACGGUUUUUACACUAGCUUUUUGUCUUGCCAACACCAAGAAUGUGUAGAAAUUGCUUUGGCAGAUUCUGUAAAAACCCAUUUGAACUUCUCUCAGCUAUGCAUACAGGAUUCUUGUACUUGGAUUAGUGGACACUGUUUCCUUACAAGCCGAGUUGGGUAGCGGACGAAUUCGACUCGUCAAAUUUUGGAUAAAACGGCACAAUGCUCUUUACACUUCUAUAUGCUAUACUCAGUUAUCUAAUUUGUAUUUAUAUCUGGUUAGAAAAAUUUAGGCAAAUUUUGACAUGAUUUGUUCACACAAUAAGAGAUUCAGACACAGAAUUACUUGAA